CUCGAACGAUUCGACGCAUAGUUCCUGGACCAUCCAACGCAAAAACCGGAUCUGACGAUGGAGAGCCCGGCCGACUCGUCGUACUGGGUUGAGACGGAGGACUGGCAUACAGCCGGUGAACCUUUCCGCAUCGUUGACAAGCUUCCCGCGGGGUGUCUCCCCGGCUUGCCUACAGUCGCCCAGCGCCGGUCCCAUGUCAUAAAAACGCCAGGCCACCCCUUGGAUGAGCUGCGAAAGUCGCUAUGCCACGAGCCUCGUGGUCAUGCCGACAUGUACGGCGGCUUCAUCACGCCUCCCGAUGAUGCGGGUGCACACCUUGGAGUUCUUUUCUGGCACAAAGACGGCUUCUCCACUGCCUGCGGCCACGGAACAAUUGCUCUGGGCUAUUGGGCCGUCUCGCAUGGCAUUGUCGCGCCACCAGAGGGCGACGGCGCGGUCGAUGUGGUCGUCGACGUCCCAUCGGGUCGUGUACUUGCUCGCGUGCACGUCUCGCUCGGGAAACCGGUAUACGCCGAGUUCAUCAAUGUGACCAGUUUUCAGCUGGGGAAAUCGGUUCCCCUGGCGAUCCCCUCCUGCGACACCAUCAUCACCCUCGAUUUGGCAUUCGGUGGCGCAGUCUACGCCAUGUUGGAUGCGAGUCAAGUCGGGCUCACGGUUGAAGCCAAGAACACGAGUCGCUUCAUUCAGCUCGGCCGAGAGAUCAAGGCUUUGCUUGGCACCAAGGCCCAUUAUGGCAUUUACGACUGCUAUGGAGUUAUUUUCUUCGAAGAGCAUAGCGAUUCUCAAAACGACUCGAAUUGCAUCACGCAGAGGAACGUGGCGAUUUUUGCGGAUGGAUCAGUAGACCGUUCUCCCUGCGGAUCUGGAACAUGUGCAAGAGCAGCGGUCCUUUUUGCACAGGGACGACUGCGGCCAGGGUACUCGAAGCUUGUGCAUCGUUCUAUAAUAGGGUCGCAGUUCGAGGCGGACAUUGUCUCCGAGGUAGAGAGUCCGGUCCAAGGCUUCCGUGCAUGCGUCCCGCGUGUGAAGGGCCAGGCCAACUUGGUCGGAAGCAUGAAGUUUUUCAUUGACCCCGACGAUGUACUUUUUCCAGGGUUCCUGUUGCGUUAGUUCCAUCUAGAGAUUGAAUUGGUUGCGGUGUACUUUGUAAUCCGUACUCUAAGUUAUUCAUUUCAACGAAAUGUAACUCUGUAAACGUGUUUUACGGCCCUGUGAUCCGUGGAUAGCGCUGCGACACGCUGACAUGCCCAUCUUGCCGUUGGAAGAAGCUGGUCGUAAUUGAACGGUUAGAAAGCACGCAGGUGCUGGGAUUCGAUGCGGGACAUUUCCAGCCACGAGUCGCACGACUGACAAUC